AGAGUAACCCAAAAACAAAGUCACCUGAAAUUUUCGUUGCCCUAAAAAAAUCUGUCUGUCUCUCUAUUUUUUCUCUCAAAUUUCCUACUUUAGCUUGGUAUCUUAUCUAUUUCCAAUAAUGAUGGCUUCGGUUAGUUCAUCUGCUCCGAGUCUCUAUCUCUCUACUCGAACCAGACCCACUUCUAUUUCGUCCCUUUCUUCGAGAAACUCGACGAGGUUGAUAGUCUCCGCAUUGCCAAACCCAUAUGGGGAUUCUUCUACAAAGGGGUUAUCUAGUAGAACUUCUGGGCUAUCUCUGAAGGUCAACGAGAAGGGCUUCCAUGAUAGCAAUCGAAGCUAUGGUGUAAUAGUAGCCCAAACGGCGAAUCCACCCGUAAUGCCAGCAGUAAUGACUCCAGGAGGGCCUUUGGACCUUUCAACUGUGUUAUUCAGGAAUCGAAUCAUAUUUAUUGGGCAACCAGUCAAUUCACAGGUUGCUCAAAGAGUUAUAUCACAGCUUAUGACGCUGGCAGCUAUUGAUGAGGAUGCAGAUAUUCUGUUGUAUUUGAACUCCCCCGGUGGAAGCACCUAUUCUGUCUUGGCAAUUUAUGACUGCAUGUCUUGGAUAAAGCCAAAGGUUGGCACGGUUUGUUUUGGAGUAGCUGCAAGCCAAGCAGCACUUCUUCUUGCUGGUGGAGAGAAGGGGAUGCGUUAUGCAAUGCCAAAUGCACGUAUUAUGAUAGGCCAACCUCAUAGUGGAUGUGGGGGUAAUGUUCUAGACGUCAUAAACCAAGUGGAUGAAGCAGUUCAAUUGCGCCAUAAAAUUGACAAAAUGUAUGCGGCUUUCACCGGGCAACCUCUUGAACUAGUGCAAAUAUACACAGAUAGGGACCGAUACUUAUCUGUUGCUGAGGCUAUUGAUUUUGGGCUCAUUGAUGGUGUCUUGGAAACAGAAUAUUGAACUCAGAUUGGGAUUAGCAAAGUCCUUGGCGAUAGUAAUCAUGUUCCGAAUUGGUGUUUAUAAAUUUAAUUAUUUAAAGUUAUGAUUGUCUUUGUCUCUAAAAGAGUAGUAAAAAUGCUUUAUUAAAAGAAAUUAUUCUCA